AUGGAGUACCUGUCUUUAUGUAAUAUUUGAUUUAUUUAUUUACUAAGUAUAAGAAUAAUGUUAUUUGUAAUUAGUUUAUAUUUUAUUUUUAAUAAUUUAAUUUAUAUUAUUGAAUGGGAAAUUAUUAGAAUUAAUUCAAUAAUAAUUAUUUUUAGAAUAUUAUUUGAUUGAAUAUCUUUAAUAUUUAUAAGAUUUGUGUUAAUAAUUUCUUCAAUAGUAGUUAAGUAUAGAGAAAUAUAUAUAAUAGAAGAUUUUAAUAAAAAUCGAUUUUUAUUAUUAGUAUUAAUAUUUGUAUUUUCUAUAAUAAUAAUAAUUAUUAGUCCAAAUUUAAUUAGAAUUUUAUUAGGUUGAGAUGGAUUAGGUUUAGUUUCUUAUUGUUUAGUUGUUUAUUAUCAAAAUGUUAAAUCUUAUAAUGCUGGUAUAUUAACUGUUUUAAUAAAUCGAAUUGGAGAUGUGACUUUAUUAAUUAGAAUUUCUUGGAUAAUAAAUUAUGGUAGUUGAAAUUAUUUAUUUUAUAUAAAAUAUAUAAUAAAUAAUUUUGAAAUAAUUUUAAUUAUAUUUUUGAUUUUAAUUUCUGCAAUAACUAAAAGAGCACAAAUUCCUUUUUCUUCUUGAUUACCAGCUGCAAUAGCUGCCCCAACUCCUGUUUCAGCUUUAGUUCAUUCUUCAACUUUAGUAACUGCUGGAGUAUACUUAAUAAUUCGAUUUAGAGAAUUAUUAAUAAAAAGUAAUUUAUUUAUUUAUUUAUUAUUAAUUUCUACAUUAACUAUAUUUAUAUCAGGAUUGGGAGCUAAUUAUGAGUUUGAUUUAAAAAAAAUUAUUGCUUUAUCUACAUUAAGACAAUUAGGAUUAAUAAUAAGAAGGUUAUCAUUUAACAUACCCAAAUUAGCUUUUUUUCAUCUUUUAAUACAUGCUUUAUUUAAGGCUUUAUUAUUUAUAUGUUCAGGAAUUAUUAUUCAUUUAUUAAAUAAUUUUCAAGAUAUUCGUUUAAUAGGUGGAAUAAGAAAUAUAAUAAUUAUAUUAGGAAGAAUUAUUAGAUUAGCUAAUUUAGCAUUAUGUGGAUUUCCUUUUUUAGCUGGAUUUUAUUCUAAGGAUUUAAUUUUAGAAAGUUUAUCUUCAAUUAAUUUUAAUUUUUUAAUUUAUUUAUUAUUUUAUUUUAGAAUUGGGUUGACUGUAUGUUAUUCUUUUCGAUUAAGAAGAAUAUUAUUUUUUAAUUCUUUUAAUUAUUUUAGUUUAAAUUUUUUAAAUGAUGAAUUUAAUAAAAUAAUGGACAGUAACUUAGUCAGGGUUACAGAUGAACAGACUGACUUGAUUGUACCUGUACUAAACUUAGAUGACAAACCUGUAAGUUUAUCAAAAGAUUUGACGAUACACACAGGACAAGUUUGGAUAGUACAGCGACAAACAGAGACUAAGACAGAUCCUAUAGUUAUGACUGACUUAGAUAUGGGAAACCAACGCAAAGAAGUCAUAAAUGAACUGAUACAUGUUUUAAAUAAUUAUAGGUCAUCGUACCGGGAAAAAAAGUCGCAGAAGAAAAAUGUUUUACUGAUGUCCACAUUUGAGAAGGCUCAGAACAAAACGACUACAAUCAGGAAAAGGAAUGCACAAAUACAGGUCGAAAAACCAGCAAUCGUAGCUGAAUAUAACAAACACAUGGGAGGCGUAGACACGUCAGACGUGAUGCUAUAUUCAUACUUAGAUGAAAGAAGAGCCAUCAAAUAUUGGAAAAAAGUUCCCUUAACGAAUGAGGCAAUGGAAAAGACUGCUUUCAUUACCCCAGAUGAGACAGGCCAGUUAACGAGGAUGGUCUUUGGGCUGAUGAAUGCACCAUCCUACUUCUCCAAACUGAGCCUUCACAUUGUGACCUCUGAGGGAUAA